AUGAGUGAAACCAAGAAACUUAGCUGCAGAUUCUACGAACAACAACACCCAGAGGUCGAUGACCUCGUGAUGGUCAAAGUCAAGCAUAUCACCGAUAUCGGUGCCUAUGUAACAUUACUAGAAUAUAACAAUAUUGAAGGUCUUAUCUUGAGUAGUGAAUUGAGUAGAAAGAGAAUCCGUUCAAUUUCUCAGUUAAUCCGUGUCGGAAGAAACGAAGUUUGUGUUGUGUUGCGUGUUGAUCCUGAGAAGGGUUAUAUUGAUUUGAGUAAGAGUAAAGUUGCUGCUGAAGAUAUUCCAAAAUGCGAGGAAAAUUAUAAUAAGAGCAAAGCUGUUAACUCUAUCAUGAGACACUUGGCCGAAACUACCCAUCAAGACAUGGAGUUUUUAUACACAAAAAUCGCAUGGCCAUUGUUUAGAAAGUUUGGACAUGCCUACGAUGCUUUCAAGAUGGCCAUCUCAAAUUCAGACCAAGUCUUCCAAGAUAUUGAAUUCCCUACCGAAGAAACCAAGGAAAAUUUGAUUUCAAUCAUUCAAAAUCGUUUGAAGCCACAACCAGUCAAGUUGAGAGCCGAUAUUCAAGUUACCUGCUAUUCCUACGAGGGUAUUGAUGCUAUCAAGCAAGCCUUGAUGGAGGGUGAAAAUGUAGGCAGCGAAGAUGAAAUUGAAAUUAAGAUUACUCUCAUUGCUCCUCCGCUCUAUGUCAUGACUACAACUACAAGUGACAAACAAAAGGGAUUGGAUACCUUGGAAAAGUCUAUCAAGGUCAUUCAAGACGUCCUUGCCAAGUAUGAAGGUGAGGUCGCCGUUAAGACACCACCUAGAGUAGUCAAUGAAAGAGACGACCAUUCUCUUGCCAUCCUCAUUGAUACUUUGAGAGAACAAAACAAGGAAGUGGACGCAGACGAAGAGGAGGAAUAUAUUGGAAUGUAA